ACUAAGAGUCAAACAGCUGUUGAAUUAACUCGCCGAAGUUUAUCAAUAUUAACGUUGUUAAUUUAUGGUUAUAUCUAACUGUGAGACAACGUAGUGGAAGUUAUGUGAGGAGAUUGAUAAGUAUUGGGUAAGGAGAAGUACCCAUUGCACAUAUGAAAGCAACUGUCUUAGGGUAUGGGUUACCGGCCCUUAUACCACUAGCUAGGUACUAGGUACCUCUAGCCUAGAGGAUGGGCACACUGCUGAUUUACCCUGCAAGGAGCAUGCUGGUUGGUUUAAAGAAGUCACCUGUGUCAUCCAGUGGUAACACACUUCUCUUGAUGCCUCCAAGUCUUUUUGACUCUUGUUUGUGAAACCCCUCACAAUGCAGAAUACCCCAAACAGAGGAAAACUAACUAAGAUUCAAUACUGUAGUACAUAGAAUGUAUUUUGAAAAUGGAAGCGAAGAAGUCAUUAUCAUUACCGUUAAUCAAACAAGAGAAGGAGAGUUUGGAAGAGGAUCUUACUGAAAUCACAGUUGAUGGCUCAGUAUUUGUAGAUCCUUCCCUAGAAGUCAAGACAGAACCGGAAUAUAGUGAUCAUAGUGAAUUUAAUGUAAACUGGUCGUCCCAAUCUGUAAAAAGUGAGCGAGACUCUCUAAGCUGUGAUGAAGAAAAAGGAAAGAAGAUUACUGAUGAAGAAACUAAGCAAUUGGAUGGAGCAGAAGAUUCUCACAUACCAUUCAUAUCUUGUGGAGAAUUAAGUGAGGAAUUAUCUCAUGAGACUUACAAAAAUAAUUACGAAUAUUUGGAAGUAUUUUCAAAGAAAAGCAACACGUCAGGGAAGACAAUAACUUGUGCAGAAUGUCAAGGUACAUUUUCUCAAAUGAGUCAUCUCAGAAUGCACAUGAGAAUUCACACUGGAGAGAGACCAUAUGCUUGCACUGAAUGCCAGAGCACUUUUAUUCACUCCAGUCAUCUCAAAACCCACAUGAGAACUCAUACAGGAGAGAAACCAUUCACUUGCUCUGUAUGUCAAAGAAGUUUUUCCCUCUCAAGUCAUCUCAAAAGACACAUGAGAACUCAUACGGGAGAGAAACCAUUCCUGUGCACAGAAUGCCCAAGUACAUUUUCACGCUCAAGUCAUCUCAAAACUCACCUGAGAACUCACACAGGAGAGAAACCAUUCAGUUGCUCAGUGUGUCAGAAAAGCUUCACCCUCUCAAGACAUCUCAGAGUCCACAUGAGAACUCACACAGGAGAGAAACCAUAUUCUUGUUCUUUUUGUCCAAGUAGUUUUUCUAAUAAUGAAAGUCUUAAAAUACACAUCAGAAAUCAUACAGGAGAGAGGCCAUUCUCUUGUUCUGAAUGUCCCAAAAGUUAUACAAGUUCAAAUAGUUUGAGAUUACACAUGAAGAUUCAUACUGGAGUAAGACCAUUCACUUGCAAUGAAUGCCAAAAAACUUUUUAUCAAUCCUCAGCUCUCAAAGUUCACAUGAGAACCCAUACUGGGGAGAAACCGUUCACCUGUACUCAAUGUCUAAGGAAUUUUUUUGACUCAAGUUGUCUCAAAAGGCACAUGAAAACUCAUACUAGAUAGAAGUCAUUUGUAUACGCUGAAUACCAAAGUAUUUUUUUUUUUAUAAAAGCUUCCUCAAAAUGCACGUGCAAACUUGUUUAAGACAAUAGCCUAUCUUAACACUUGUGUUAAAAAUUUUCUGUUUCAAAUAGCUUCAAUAUACACUUAAAAACUCAUGGAGGAAAGAUACCGUUCUCUUACACUGUAUGCUAUACUUUUUUAAUCUUGUCUAAUCUCAAAGUCAUUUAUUUGUUCUGAAUGACACUAUAGUUUUUCAAGGUUCAAAAUGCACAAGAAGUAUUCAGCAGAGAUGAUAUUCAGUUACACAGAUUAGGAGUAAAUUUUCUAAAACUCAGAAUGAACUUAACCUGAAAUGGGAAUAUGUAGAUGCCGUCUUCUUAUCUACAGUAUUAAAUCAAGAUGCCAAUAAAGCUGGAACUCGCAGCAAAAUUCAACUUGCUAGACAAGCUUAGCUCAGCAAUUAUAGAAUAAAUUUUGGGAAGCUUUACAAUAGAAGCUUAUGUUCUGUGUAGUAUUACUUUCAACACAGAUCCAGGCAGAAAUGACUUGAAGAGGCCAACAAUGAUUUUCUCAGUAGGGAGAUUAAUUUUGCCUGUACUGUAUAUGCAGUUCACAGAAUCUGAAAUGCCAAAGCACUGGAGUUCAAUCCAACCAAAAGUAAGUUUAAAUUUAUCCACUAUUCCUUCUUUGGAAUUCUAUUAAUUUUAUGUGUUUUGUGUGUCAAGUUCAGUGGUUUGAAGUAAGACUUAGUGUUUGCUGGUGACAGGUUUUGUAAUCAUGGUGGUAAUUGGUAGAACUAUACAUAUACCUGUAUGUUUGACGUAGAGUGUUGGUUGUGACAAUCCAACAAACCUCAUUUAAUUGAAGGCCAUGAAAUGCAGGUCAUUUGUAAGAUAUCAGUCCUCAUGGUUGAUUUCUGUCUCCAAUAAAAGCCAGCUUCAAGUGUACAGCUCUGUUGACCAUAUCAAUAGAAUUUCAUUUUAGGGAUAUGGGUCUGUGCUUGCAGUAAAGCUGCUUGGGAUUCGACUAGAGGAUGUAUUUCUAGCAGUCAUUCUAGAUGAACAGGUCCAUAUCCCUAGCUGUGGUGAUAUGAUAAAGGGAAAACAUAUAUGAAGUUAAUUUUUUUCCAUUAGUCAGUAUGCAGAUAUCGGUAUAGUCAAAUUUCUUUCCACAUAUGUUAUAAAUGGUCUUAAUUGUGUAAUUUAAUUUAAUUUUCAAUGUUUCAUGCAUAUAUGGUUUGAUGAGUUUUUCAAAAUUUGGCUCUAGUAAUAUUUAUUUUCUGUCUGCUUCUGUUGGUAGUUCAGGCAGUAUGGGUGCAGGACAUUGAAAGAAGGAGAGACCUCAUUUCACAUCUAACUCAAAAAAGGGAAAAGCUGUUGUAAGAUGUUUUAAGAUGUUUAUUCUGAUGAUUUCUGCUUCUGCUAUGGGUACAUAUUUACAAUGUUCUCUCGCAUUCCUAUUCAUUCUGUUUAUGGUGUGCAAUGUUAAGAUUACAUGUAUGAUGUAUCAACUGUAUAAACAAAUGGAUAAUAGUUUCCAGAGUCAUUAAAUACAGGAAAGCAAAUCAGAGAUUACCCAGUUCAUAUCAACACGAGUUAAGUAUUUGCAGUCAUAUUCCUAUAUAGAAAUUCUAAGAAAGGUAUCAAGCAGAACAGACUUGACAUGAGAAGUAUUACAUACGUAGACAAAGACUUGAAUUGCUCCCAGAACUUAGCAAUAAUGAAUACAGGCGGUCCCCGGGUUACGACGGUUCCGGCUUACGACGUUCCGAGGUUACGACGCUUUUUCUUAAAUAUUCAAUGGAAAAAUCCGUCCUGGGUUACGACGCUUGUUCCGAGGUUACGACGCUGACGCUUCCGACGCUCCGAGUUAACGACGCUUUUAAAAAACGCAUACUAUGAUAAAAAUCCUUUAUAGUUUAGCACAGUAUAUUAAUAAAAAUAAGUUUCUGGUUAGAUUACAACAAAAAUUUUGAGAUUAUGAUGAUUUUCGACACUUUUUAUGUUGUAUUUUUCUAUGUUUUUUAGUGACGCCUCAUAUGCGGAACUAGUUUCCGAGCGAAUGAAUACAUACUAGUUUACAUAUAACAGUCCAAAAGCGCAAAUAAUGAAAAAAUCAUUGCUUGUUUCCAGUAAUAAUAACAAAACGAAGUUUCUGGUUAGAUUACAACGCAAAUUCCAAGUAUCCAAAGAGAGACAUUAUCCAGUAAUUUGAUCAGAGA